CUGGAGCACAGUGGUGCGAUCUCACUGAAACCUCUGCCUCCCGAAUUCAAGCGAUUCUCCUGCCUCAGCCUCCCAAGUAGCUGAGAUUACAGGUGAGCGUUACCACGCCCGGCUAAUUUUUGUAUUUUUAGUGAAGACGGGUUUCACCAUGUUGGCCAGGCUGGUCUCGAACUCUUGACCUCAAAUGAUCCACCUGCCUCGGCCUCCCAAAGUGUUGGGAUUACAGGCAUUAGCCACUGCACCCAGCCAAUUCCCGGGACACUUUGAGAGUCAGGCGCUCUCCCCUCCAGAGCCUAUUAAGGGGAGAUGACAGGGCUGCUCUCUCCCACACACUGCCCAGGCUCCAGGAACAAUAGGACCGACCAUAGAGAGGUACUGUUUCAGCUCUCCUUUCCCUGUGACUGUUGUUAGCCCUUUCCACCUAUUUUUGGAGAAAAAAAACAAGUUUAAGUAUUAAGGCAUCUGGGGAGACAUGUUCACUCCAAAAUAGGACUUGUGAAGAGGAGGUCGGCAGAAUUGCCGUGGGUGUGGGGUGCACACUGAAAAUGCCACGCUCCUUCCUGGUGAAGAGCAAGAAGGCUCACACCUACCACCAGCCCCGUGUGCAGGAGGAUGAACCGCUCUGGCCUCCUGCCCUUACCCCGGUCCCCAGAGACCAGGUUCCAAGCAACGGCCCUGUCCUCAGCACCCUAUUCCCAAACCAGUGCCUGGACUGGACCAACCUCAAACGAGAGCCGGAGCUAGAGCAGGACCAGAACUCGUCCAGGAUGGCCCCGGCACCAGAGGGCCCCAUUGUGCUGUCCCGACCCCAGGAUGGGGACUCUCCACUGUCCGACUCACCCCCAUUCUACAAGCCCAGCUUCUCCUGGGACACCUUGGCCUCAACUUAUGGCCACAGCUAUCGGCAGGCCCCCUCCACCAUGCAGUCAGCCUUCCUGGAGCACUCUGUCAGCCUGUACGGCAGUCCUCUGGUACCCAGCACUGAGCCCGCCUUGGACUUCAGCCUCCGCUACUCGCCGGGCAUGGAUGCGUACCACUGCGUGAAGUGCAACAAGGAGCGCAGCUUCGAGUGCCGCACGUGCGGCAAGGCCUUCAAGCGCUCGUCCACGCUGUCCACCCACCUGCUCAUCCACUCAGACACGCGGCCCUACCCCUGCCAGUUCUGCGGCAAGCGUUUCCACCAGAAGUCGGACAUGAAGAAGCACACCUACAUCCACACGGGUGAGAAGCCGCACAAGUGCCAGGUGUGUGGAAAGGCCUUCAGCCAGAGCUCCAACCUCAUCACCCACAGCCGCAAGCACACAGGCUUCAAGCCCUUCAGCUGUGAGCUGUGCACCAAAGGCUUCCAGCGCAAGGUGGACCUGCGGCGGCACCGCGAGAGCCAGCACAAUCUCAAGUGAGGCUGCGCCGGCUCCCAGCUCCUGGCCAGCCUGCCCUGCGGUCCUGUCACCUGGAGGCCAGCCUCACAUGCCCAAAUCUCCAGUCUCGUGGAGGUGGGACUGGACAGGAGUCUUCCAGCUUGUUUUGAGACUCAUGAAAUUGCUGUGUGACCUUGGGCAAGUCACUUUCCCUGUCUGGAUCAACAUUUCUCCUGCUGCCAAGUGUGGGAGCCUGGCUGGGUCUUUCUCAGCACAAGUUGUUUCCAGGUGUGGUCAGGUGCCUUCCGCUAGCAGAGCACAGAAAGCUAGAAUACCCCCAGGGAGACAGGGAUGCCAAGAGUAGACCAGAGCUGGGACCCACAGACAGAACCUCCACCUGCCUGCUGCCCACGGAGCUAGGACCUGGUCACCUUGGAUUUUAGCGGGCCUCUUUCUGGCUAUAACAGGCAGAGUCGGAGCUGCCUCCCACCCCAGUCAGAAGCCUGGCACCCCCUCUGCUUCGGCCAGAUGUGCUGGCUGACUCUGACUCCGACCAGCACUCAGCUGGCCACUGGGGAUUCCAGCUCUACAACCAGGCCAUGAGGCUGGAGAAACUGGCAGUUAUUGCUGUCAAAAGCCUGUUCUCUCAACUGCUGUCAAUAAAAUUAAAGAUACAGA